CACUAGCGAGCGCCGAAGAGCGCAUUCUGUGAGCGGCUGUCCGCUGUGAAGGUUCUCCGUUGUCAGUUGUACGCGAAAAGCUCUGCUACUGGAAAUUAUCGCGCUGUUUUAGACGAGCGUUUAGUAUAUUUGGGAUAAGUUGUAUUUCUUGAUUGUUGUGGUGCGUUUGACUUGAUGUGUUUGGACUUUUCGCUGGUUGAUUAGUUUCGCGCAAAAUUUCUUGUUUAAUUCAUCAUAUUGCGUUGUGACCGACUUAAGACGAACAGCCUUAAAAUUAAAGCGGUAUGUGGCUGAACUAAAUUCGAAAUAUCUUUAUUUCUCACUACUUUAGUUUAAUAGGGAUAAAGAGUCGGCCUAACGGCCCCAUGAUGACGAUGGACGUGUCGAAGACCGACACAGUAAAAACGGCCAAUCAGAGCACGCCCCAAGAAUGCGCAGGUUGCUGCAAGCCAAUCACAGAGCGUUAUCUACUGAAAGCACUAGACCUGUACUGGCACGAGGACUGUCUAAAGUGCGGAUGCUGUGAUUGUAGAUUAGGCGAAGUAGGCUCCACUCUUUACACUAAAGCAAACUUAAUUUUGUGCAAAAGGGACUACUUGAGGUUGUUUGGAAAUACCGGCUACUGUGCGGCGUGUAGUAAAGUGAUACCUGCUUUCGAGAUGGUCAUGAGGGCCAGGAGUAAUGUGUAUCAUUUGGAGUGCUUCGCUUGUCAACAGUGUAAUCACAGAUUCUGCGUGGGCGACAGAUUUUAUUUAUGCGAGAACAAGAUUUUAUGCGAAUACGACUACGAGGAACGGCUUGUCUUUGCAAAUAUGGCUUAUAAUCCUCCACCACUAUCUCAUUUGAAGCGGCAAACGUCUAUACCGCCGACCCCACUACCAAACCACAUGAUGAACGGCCAUAGGCCACCUCUGCCUGCCACCAGCGGAGAUAUGAACAAUAACAUGUCUUCAUCAGGCCAGCCUGCAGCGAACGGUAGCCAACCCUUUGCAGGCGCGACUCACAUAAAAAAUGGGACGAUGAGCUUAGGCACCCCUAGCUGAAAAUAGGAGAAACACCUUUGACUGUGAUCAAAAAAAAUCUGAUUCUGCCUGCGUAAUUCUUGUAUGCAUGUUUAACUAUGUUUUGAAGAAUGGUUGCUGUAUUAAGAAUAUGAUUUGGUUUGUAGAUAUACUUUUGUUUGUUUAGCAUUGUUCAUUAAAAAUAAAUAAGAUGUUUUGUUUUUGUAUGUAAAUAUAGCUUAGUUUUUUCACGCUAAAUGACUGUAUACAUAUUGUUUUUUUUUGUAAAUAAAGCUGCUCACAGUAGAGUGUACACAGUUAUGGAUAAAAUUAUAAAUGAAUGCUCUUAAUGUGCAAUAUUAAAUAAAUUUAUAUAUAUAUAUAUUUAAUUAAUGUAUUAAAUAAAUUUAAAAAAACUUAAUGUAAAUACGUUUAAAGAUAUUCUCUUUAUUUUUUACGUAUAAUUUAAUUAGCUCUGAUAUCUGUUCUUUAAAAAAUAUAUGAUCUCAACGUUAGGUUAUAUCCGUUAUUAGUAUUUUGAUUCGAAGGUAUUCCAAACUAUUGUGGAAAUUUGCCUACCAAUGCUCCAAAGUUUUUAUCAUGUUCCAUAAUACAGAGAUUUAUCAAACUAAUAAGGUUUUGAUAUGAAUCUUGUAGUAUGUUACUGAUAUUGCCUCCGGAAUAAAGUUUUUUAUUUUAAAUUUUCAUCUCACUUGUUAAUUAUUAUCCACAGUUUUUGUUGUUGCCAUUCGUAUUAUUAAGUGUUUUUUUAUAUUGUCAAAAGAUAUUAUUAAUAAGUAUUUUAGUUUGUAUUAUUAUAGUGUUGGGCAUCAGACUAGCUGCUAUAGAUUAAAUUUUAAAAAAAGUGCCAAUAUAAUUUU